AUGAAGUUCUCUACUGUCUUGUCCGCCGCUAUCACUGUGGCUUCUAUCGCCGCUCCAGUCUCUGCCACUGGUUUGUUUGACUUCUGUGAUCUUUCCACUACAUUCAAGAAGGAUCACUACGGGUCUGUUGAUGUUGUUGUCUGUAAGCCUCCAAAGGUUGUUACAUGUGGUUCUACUGACACCCAGAAGAGAGAUGUUGUUGAGGUUGACAACACUGUUGAAGAGGAAAAGAGAACCUUCUUGCUCAUCCCAGCUGCCGCCUGUGCUGUGUCGGAGGUUAUCAAGUUGAAGGAGGACUUGUUCGAGUGUGUGAUUAACUUCGAGCUUUCUAAGUGGAACUUCAUCUUCAACCUUUUGGGUAACAUUGUUUCCAAGUUUUACUUCUCUGGUUGUGGUGUUGGUGAUGGUAUCUUCACUUUGAUCAGCGGAAAGAUCAUCAAGGUCAAGAAGUGGUCUCAGUGGUCCACCUCCAUUGUCGUCAAGCCUCAAAGAAUCAACGGCAAGUGUUGUUUGCCAAAGGACCUCAAGCUUAACAUCGAGUUCGGUGGCUCUGGUACUUUUUUCUCCGCUUUCACCAACAUCUUCAAGAAGUCUUUCUCUUGGUCUUUCGCCCCUGUUAACGGCAACUUCGUUGACUUUGACUGCUACAACGACUUCUUCGGCUCCUUGUCUGCUAGAGACCAGGAGGAGGUCGCCGCUUUGGAGGCUGCUACUGGCAAGAGAGGUGCUGAGGCACUCUCUCCAAAGUUCCAGAAGAGAUUCUUGUCUUUCACUUCUUCUUUGAGUGUCUUCAAGUCCAUCAGUGUCUCCGGUACCACCUUCAAGAACUUCUGUUGGGACUGUGACUGUUAA